AUGCAGACAUUGAUGAAUCACAAGCUGCAGAUCUCGUUCAAGACAGCAGCAGCUGUCCUUCUCCUGUCAAACGUCGUACUCGCGAUUCUCAUCGCGUCGAACGCAGGGAGCAUCUCAGUGUCCAUGGGUACGCACAAGUCCGUCGAAGAGGUCUUGCUGCAGCGAAUGCUGAACGGGGAGGUCAUGUACGAUUGUCUUCGGCCGAUGAGAAUAGGGGCGGAAGGGCAUCAGGGGUGGAUGGUAUGUCUUGAUGGGCCGUUAGGAAACAGGCUCAGUCAAGUCGGCGUCACUUCAUCGCAGAGCUUCUCGUCACUGGGACUGGUACAGGUAGACUGUAGGGUGCUGAGUGUGGGGAUAGGGCUGGACCCAUCGUUUGAGAUCGAGCUUGCAAGAAAGUUUGGCUGCAAGGUUGAUGGGUUCGACCACCAAGUCGAGUUCUUCCAGAACGACUUUAGUCAGGACUCCACCCACUUCGAAGGAUGGGUCAACUUUCACAACCAAGGCCUUGGGAGCGGGGAGGAGAGCGCAUCUGUGAAGCUCAAGAGGUUCAAAUUAGAGAAGACAGACAACGUCAAAGAAAAGUACAACUCGAAGCUGCACCCUGGGUACGACAUCGCAGCCGUUGGCCCAGGGUGGAGGAUCGUUGGAGGGUCAAACUGGAUGGCGCAGUCGAUGAUCUAUGAAGCAACUUCCAAGAGGGUGGACGGCCUUCAGACUCUGAUCAAGUCAACAGAGCCCGAGUUGUGCUUGUUUGCUCGGACCACCGAGCACUCCGGCUGUCAGGUGGACCUCCUCAAGUUCGACUGCAAUGGAUGCGAGUGGGAUGGGAUGAUGAAGAUUUUCCAGUCAGAGCCGACGUCUGUCCUCCAUCAGGUCGACCAGAUCCUGCUAGAGCUGCACCUCGAUGACGUCUCAAAGAGGCUCAAGACUUGGGGUGAACUGUGGCAGGUUUUUGCGUUGCUGCAGGGAAACGGGUUUGAUCUCUUCUGGGUUGAGAAAGUGGCAGAGACUGGGACUGUUGCCGGGCCCAACGGGUUUGGCACAAUCCCAGCUCAGCUCCAUCUCAGCUGGAUAAGGAGUCGCAAGCCUCCUGUUCGGGUCCGGCAGGAGGCUAUGGAGAGCGACGGGUCGUGA